AUGGAGAGGCACAAAUGCAAGCUCUGUUUCAGGGUGUUCCCAAAUGGAAGAUGUUUGGGCGGCCACAUGAAAUCCCACCUGGCGAAAAUCCGCCUCCCACCCAAAUCUUCAUCUGCCAUUACUUGCCGCUGCCACCGUCGACCUGAUGACAACGAAUCGUUUUCUUCUUUUUCCUAUUCCUCUUCAGGGGAAGAAGAAGAUGAGCAGGAAAUCAUCAAGAGCAGAGCGGUGGCGGAAUUCGGGGGCUUUGGCAGUGGUUGCGAUGAAGCUGUUUAUGGGUUGAAGGAGAACCCGAGGAAGAGAUUCCGGGUCGCGGAUCCCGAGUUCUCCUUCGCCGGGUCGUCCUCCGUCGUGCAUGACAGGGAGAGCGAGACCGAGUCAAGGAACCCGACCCGGAGACGUCGCGAUGUGCCUGGUGAUGCUAUCAAUUGGAAGCAAAGAUUCAGUUACAACAGGGGCGAAAUUGAAGAAGGGGAAGAGGUUGAGACGGAAAAUGGAGGAGAAAUCAAGAAGUGGGCGGAAAUCGAGGAGGAUGAUCAAGGGAUCAUGGAAAGGAGCAGCAGAAUUUAG